GGCUAUUAUGAAAUGUGAGUUCUUCACAGACUAAUGUCACAUUCACAUUGUAUUUUGGCAUAAGGAAAUAUUGUUUAUUGUACAUCAUUGGUCACUAAAAAAUAUAUUUAUUUUUGUUUAUCAAUAAAACAACUGGUUCUAAAUCCUGAAUUUGUAAUUCAGUGUUUUAUAAUAUUAAGUGAUGUCUUUCUUGGACUUGGAUGAGAUUUAGUGUCUUUCAGAAAUUCAGUGUGAGCUGCUGGUCCACUGCUGCCAAUAAGUUUGUGUCACUUAUCUAAAUCCAAAAGAAGGGUUUCAAACACUAAAGUCACAAUAUAACACAUACCAUACCAGGGGACAAGUGUGCUCUCACAUAUAUUUCUACUUUAUCAAAGACAUCAUAAUACUGAACAAUAUACUCUAGCUUCACAUAGGUAGUUGUUGCAUGCUAUAUUAACGUCCACAGACAUAAUCUCGGAGCUGUGACCUUUAAAUGUCACUCUUUUGUGUGCUGUUAACUUUCACAACAAUAAUGUUCAGUGCUUUGUACAGUAUCUUCAUAAUAGGUUUGACAAUUUAAUCUCAGUGGAUCUUUCAUUCCAGUCACACAGCUUCAUUACUAUUGUUUACAUUUGUUACACUUUUAAUUUUAUCUCUGGAGAUAAGGGAAGAAGGUAUAUUUUCCACGUUUGCAGGUGAGACAGUCAGUGGAAACUGCUGGUGUUGGUGUCACAAGGAGUGUCAUGAUCUUCAACAAACCAGGUGUGCUCAAAGUAAAAUGAACUCUGCAUUGGACUUGAUCAUCAUAAUAUAAUUAGAGAGUUUUUACAUGCUGUGGUUGAGAAGCUGACCUGGAGAACAUUCUGUGGAGAUCAACUAUGUCCUCACACAAGGCAGAUUUAAACGAGUCUGUCAUCAUUCAUCCUCCAGGUUUCUAUAUCAUUGGAUUUCUGAAUUUCCCCAACAUCAGUGUCUAUAUAAUCUUUCUAGGAGGCGUCUAUGUUGUUUCCGUAGUGUUCAAUAUUUCAUUGAUGUGCAUUAUUGCUUUUGACCAGAGGUUACACUCUCCAAAAUUUCUGGCUGUCGCUAACCUUGCAGUGAUCGACGUAAUCUUGAACACGAGCACGAUUCCUGGCAUGAUCAAGACUUUCCUCCUGAAGGACAACUUUGUUCCAUUCAACCUGUGUCUCGCACAAAUGUUUUUCCACUAUUUUGCACUAUCGAUGGAAUCUUGUGCACUUGCCAUACUGGCCUAUGACCGGUUGAUUGCCAUAUGUUUUCCUCUGCGUCAGUGUGUUUUCAACACGCUGCCGAUCAUGUUUGGUAUUGUCUGUGUUUUUUGGGGUUAUCAUCUGGGAUUGCUCGCGUACAGCACAAUAAUCAUGACUCGACUGUCUUUUUGCAAUUCUGUCAGAGUGUUUAGUUAUUUUUGUGACUAUGCACCCGUGUUCAGACUGGCAUGUAAUGAUUACACCUUACAGUGGAAGAUGGCUUCACUUUCUAUUUUAAUCCUAAUCGGCCCCCUUACUUUUAUUCUUUUAUCCUAUCUCAGCAUCCUUGUGACCGUGUUCAGGAUGAAAUCAGUGGGCAGUCGGAUGAAAGCGCUCACCACUUGCAUUGAGCACUUGAUUCUUGUUGCUGUGUUUUAUAUCCCUAUAAUGAGCAUUUACUUUCUAGGACUGUUUAUAAAAAGCAUCGAUCCAGACCAGCGUGUGCUGAGUCUGUCUCUGGCCUCUUGCCUCCCCCCCUGCAUUAAUCCCAUUGUAUAUUCCUUGAAAACAAAGGAGAUCAGAAACAGAGCCCUGGCACUCGUCGGGAAAAAUCCAAACCCUUGACAACUUCUUGUCCUUUGGUGAUUUUUGUUGUUGCCAAUGUUGUUAUUAUUCUGCCUCUGUUUUCCCCAUCUAACUGCUGAACAACCAGGCUUUCUGAGCAGUGAAAGUCACUUCUGAAACUUUUCAUGGGUGUGUCUUUGUGUUUUAGUCACACUUCAGUCUUGGCAUAAAACAAAUCACGGAGCAUCUUGCCCUUUGCCCUAUGUCAUAUCGGAUUGGCUUCAACUCGCCACGAUUGUGAAGUGAUAUUAAAAGGAUAGAUGACUGUGUAUAAAGUAUAUACUUGGAUGUAUAUGAAUGUAAUUGUAUACUUGUACAUUUGACGGGUGGAUGGUUGCGUAUCCCUCCCUGAAAUAAAACAUGACAACAAUGAAA